CACUAUCCCAUUUCUCACCCUUCCUCACUCACGCCUUUCCUUUGAUUUUCCAUCCAAACUCCUACUACUGUGCUGUGCGUUGUACUCCUACCACCUGCUUAUCUCAUACUCCCGACGCCCUGCUGAUGAAUGACGACCAUCGAGGAGAUGGAUGAAUUCUUCGACUUCGACGAAGCUGCCCACCAAUUGGUCCAAAAUGGCAUCGACUUCAACAAUCUCGAGUCCGGGCCGUACGAUAUUGAUUUAGCCUUUGCGGAGCCUGAGAAUGACGAGAACUCGUUCACCUGCAUCCAGCACUUCUCGGCGCCGGAGGAGCAGCUCUCCAUGUGCCUGCAAGAUGCCCUUGCAGACCCGUCGAUGAUGGGCCCCGACGACUUUACGGACUUUCCACGAUGGAUCGACGGCAUGGAAGUACCGAGCCAAGCGUGUGCAAACUGCCAGCGGACGCGUAUUCAUUGCAAGGUCAUCAAGGAAGGUCUCCGGAAGGGUUCAUGCACCAGCUGCGUUGCCCUCGCCCGCUCCUGCAGUCUCACCCGGCCCAACCAUCACCAAGAAGUUGUUGACAGGAACCUCAGCUCACAAUCUUUUGGCUUGCCCAGAGACGCUGAUGAUUCGGGAGAGCUCGACUUCUCCGACUGGCCGGCAAGCCCAUGCGAUAACUGCUGCAGGCAGGGACUGGAGUGCAAGAUCAGUCAUAGAGAUCCGCUUGGAUCUUGUUCCAAUUGCGUCUCUUUUGCUUGCCCGUGCAGUUUGUCUAACCAUCUGAACAUUCCGGGCUGGAACGACGACGGCUGCUCGAAGUCGAUUGACAAUCUGGUCUCGCCCUUGGAAGGCUCAUUCCCUCAGAGUCGAUCCACUCCUGACCUCGUUGCCCUGAACAAGAAUUCGGAUGAGAACAUGAAUUCAAAUCUCGGUGGACCCAUUCCCAAAGUCGGUGCAAGACUUUCCCGAGACUCGAUUCGGAUUCUCAGAGGAUGGCUUUCCACUCAUCAGAGCCAUCCUUAUCCAACUGACGAGGAAAAAGAAGUCCUUCAGAGGCAGACUGGUCUUACCAAGACUCAGAUCACCAAUUGGCUGGCCAAUGCUCGUCGGCGAGGAAAAGUUCGGGCGCCUAGAUCAACGUCACCCAAUGUGCGCGGGUUCUCUGAUGCAAUGGACAUUCCAAGACGCGCUACACCAGCUCUGGAGAACAUGAAUCCCCUGGAACGAUGGAAGCACUCUCCACCAGAACAUGAACCUGCCUCCGUCACUGCUAUUGCAAAGGCCGUCACCGCUUCCACCUUUUCAUCCGGCCGCGACAGCCCGUUCACAAGCUACGGUCACACUGAUGAUGGAUCUAGCAGAUCUCUAUGCAAUGUGUCUUCCACUAGCAGUCUAGGAACUUCUCAGUCUAGUGGUAACUCGUUUGCUUCUGCCUUCUCUCACAAAUCUCGUGGUUCUUUCGGAUCAUUUGGAUCAUUUGGAAACAGAGGUCGACGUCGUCGCCGCCGCCAAGCUCCGAAGCCUGUCAAGAUCAGCCCCACGACAACCCCUCCCCGAACCUUCCAAUGUACUUUCUGCACCGAAACAUUCAAAACAAAACAUGACUGGCAGAGACACGAGAAGUCAUUGCAUCUAUCGCUCGAAAGGUGGGUUUGUUGUCCAGAAGGCCCAAACCAGUUCUGUAUAGACUACGAUCACAAUCGAUGUGUCUUCUGCGGAUUGCCCAAUCCAGCAGCAGAUCAUGCCGAAAUCCACAACUAUUCGAGUUGUGCGGAGAGAUCUUUGGGAGAGAGGACUUUCUACCGGAAAGAUCACCUUCGUCAGCACUUGAACCUGGUUCACGACGUCAAAUUCCAGAAUUUCUCCAUGGAAACUUGGAAGAUCGUGACCCCUCAGAUCCGUUCUCGAUGCGGUUUCUGUGGUAUCGUGAUGGAUUCGUGGAGUAUUCGAGUAGACCACCUUGCCGAGCACUUCAAGGGAGGAAAGAGUAUGGCUGACUGGAAGGGUGACUGGGGUUUCGAACCACAAGUUUUGGACAUUGUCGAGAACGGAAUGCCGCCAUACUUGAUCCACGAUGAGCGAAAUACUAUGAAUCCGUUUGAGCCAACCAAUCCGACAGCGGAUCAGUCGCGAACGAUUGAAGACCUGGUUAAGAUAGGACUCGUUGAAUAUAUCCAUGACCGAGUUUUGAAGGGAAGUGUGCCGACUGAUGAUGAUCUUCUUUUCGAAGCUCAAAAGAUUGUCACCAACGCAGAUCAGUUUGCGAGUCUGCCUGGCGACCCUGAAAUAUCCUGGUUCCGUGAUCUGAUCAUGCUCUCUGGCACUACGGAAGAUCAGUCUCCUUUGACUGGUGCAGAAGCUUUUCUUCCUUGGGCACAGAGGCUAGAGAUGAUUGCCGCUCAGACCCCUCAUGACAGGACUGACCUGGAGACGAUUCCGUGUUCCAAACAGCGUUCAUUGAUGGCUUUUGUGAUGGCCAAGCAGGCGCUGGGACUAACACCCACUGAUCGUGAAUUGCAAGUCGAAUGCUGCAGAAUCUUGGAUGACAUCGAGACGACCUCAAGCUACAAAUCCAAAGCGGCUGUGGGAUGGUUCAAGUAUCUAAUUGGUGCGUCAACAUGCUGGCUUCGGGAGUUUAGAAGAUGGGCUGGUCUACCUCGAAGUUCUGAGAUGGCAUCGGAACAAGUCAGAUCUACGGACGACAAGAGCAUCGAUUAUAGCAUUCACAAUCAUGCUCGCCUAGAGAAUGAGCUCAAAGACUGGACGGCUUUCCAAAUCUCACUUGGGAUUCCACCGAGUGAUGCCGAUCUUCAACAACAAGCACGAUUAAUAGUUUACAAGAACGACGACCCGUGGAACCAAACGGCAAUCGAUGAUCCUGUCAUUCUACAUUUGUUCAAACGCCAGAACGGACUUGCUCCGCCGGAUGAUUCUGAUGUUGGGCUCCUCAUGCAUCCUUUACCAGAAGUUUGUCAUGACGGCUGCGCAGAGGAUCACCGACACAGCUCCCAAUCUCCCCAAACACUACACUGGGAUCUGAAAAAUCUGGGAAUCAAUCUGUCCUCACCAAACAGCGGCAGCAACAGCGUGACAGGAACAUUUACACCAAACAAUGACCAGCCACUCCACAUGGUCGCUCAAAACCAACCCUCCACCAACACUAAUCCCACCCUACCACUCAAGUACUUUCUCAACGACGCAAAUUGUUAUGGCCGACUCGUGCGAGAGCUCACUCGCUUCGUGACAACAUGCACGUCACCAAAUAACCCAAACCAACACAUGCCCACAGAUGCAGAAAUUCAGAACCAAGCCCGCUGGGUCGUCUACGAUGAUGACGAUCCCUGGAACCAAACAGCAGCCGACAAUGCGGAGUGGCUCAUCCGCUUCAAACGAGAUGUUGGCCUUGCCCCCCGAGAAGACGGACCCGGCCUUCCAUCAACCGUCGCUUCAUGGCAAGUCAAAGGAGGCGGUUCUGGAUUUUCCCCUCCACAUGUUUGGCCAAAAGCACCCCUCGAACCUUUUACAACCGAUGUUCCUGUGAAGAUGGACCAGAAAGUCUUCAAUAUCAAAGCUACCACGGCCGCAAAAUUCCUCGAGAGCAUGCCUCAGCGAUGGCAGAAGCCUGCUACGGUGUUCUGCUCGAGGGAUCUAGAAAGUGGUUUGAACGAAUUCGUUAGAAUCGAGAUGGCGAAAGGCAGUGUUCCAAGUGAUGACGCGUUGAGAGCAAAAGCGAGGGAGAUCUUGGGUGUGGAGCGAACGUCUGCAGACGAUGUGGCAUUGCUCGAGAAAUUCAAAGCCAUGCACGGGAUCUCCUCCCUCCCAACUCCACCCAGUGGCUCCGACUCCAUACCGACACUCGAUGACGCUAUGCUAGCGGAAUUCGAUCAGGAGCUUGGGAUUGGGGAUAUGGAUCUCAGUGGGUUGGAAAUGCCUGCUGAGCUCCCACCGCUGAGCAGUUUCGGCUCACUCCACUCAGCGAGUCAAACAAAGUCUCCACUGGAAACAGGAGAAGUUCUUCAUGAUUUCGCGGGGUUGCAUCGGGUGAAUGCUGCGACUGCGAGUCCGUUGCGACGUAGGGCGAGUGAGAAGAUGGCUGCUCAGGCUGGCUUUUCGCUGCCGAGAGGGUAAUUCUGCGGAUUUUGUGGGGAGUUUGUGGGGGUCUAGAUACUCACGGAGAAAACACAGAUGGCGUUGCAGAAAAGACUGGAUCCAAAGAUGGUAUAUGGGGAAAGUCGAAGUGGUCAAAAGUAGUCAGUCUUCAACAAUAAUAAUGGGUCAUUGGAUAUCGGGUAUGGGUUUGGGGUUCUCAAUGGUUAGCUAGGAUGCUCAAGAUGAUUCCUAAUCUCAGUUGUAGAAAGAAUAAAAAUUCAGUCG